AUUGCAAAUAAAUAUGCUUAAUCAUAUGUCGAAGAGGAGAAAUUUGUUUAUUACCUUGAUUGUUAUUAUGAUAAUGAAUGCAGCUAUUGCCUCUCAGGAUGUACCGAUAUACGGAGGUUCUGUAGACGAUCAAUGCCCUACUGAUCAUGCAGAAUCACUUACUUGACUUGCUGACAACUUUUAUAAGAAAAUACAAGUUUUGUGCCAGUUUGUACUGCAAAUAAUAGCUUUUAUCCGUAAAAUAUUUGGAAAUUUCUCGAUUCUGAACAUAUUUGAACUCAAAGAAUUCACAAAGAAUGCUUUAGAGAUUAAUAGAAAAGGGAAUGAAAAUAUCUUCAAUAUUUUCAUGCUCUAUCCAAUAAAAAUCGCAUCGCUAAUAGUAGAUGAACAAAAUGACGGCAAAAUCCAGCUUGCAAUGGAGUUCUAUAAGACAAAGCAUGAAAUAAUUUCCAAAUUUUACCUCAACCACCAAGCCUCGAACCCAUUCGAAGACGAAAAGAAAGGCCAAUGCGUCAGGACCUUAAUUAACAACCUUCUUCUACCUCCAAAAUUCUACUCAAACGAGGGCACUUCCCUCUGCGAUGCCUACAGAUCCCAAGUUGAAUCCUACUCCAAUAUUGUGAUUCCUCCAAACUCCUCUGAUUUCCAGGACAUGUCAGUACAGAGCUAUGUGGCCACUAUAGGUGUUUUAACCCUGCUCAUCCUUGGUAUGCUCAGACUGGUAAAGAAAGAGUGGGCUGAGUAUGGAAAGAAAGCCAGAAGAAAGAUGAUUUUGGAGAGACAAGAAAGAGUACAAGAGAUGAGAGGUUUUUAG